AUGAGCCAGCCAAUUUUUCGUGUUACUUUGUUCAAGAUUCCUCUUGAGGAGGAUCAGCAAAAGGUGCUGGACAUAUACAAUAGUAUGCCCCCAAAGGUCAUCAAGAAUGGAAAGCCUUAUGUUCGACUGGUAACUGUGGGCAGACCUAAACCCGACCAGCGUGCCCAAGGAUUCACCGUGGCGGCUGUCUCCCGCUUUGACAACUCGGACGACAUGGCGUACUACGACAAUGAGUGCCCAUGCCACGCUGAGCUCAAGACGUUUGCCAAGAGCGUGCAUGAAGGCUCAUUCAAGCCCCGAAGUGUCCUCGCCUAA